AUACUUGUCGUGGAACAGAAAAUUGUGCGAGGCUCGCGGGCGACUGGAUUUGUGCCACGUCACAAUUUCGAAAUUGUACUCACUGGUGAGUGGUGAUCCUCAUAUAUAAUCAUUUCACCGGUCCGAAACAAAAUCUUCUUCAUUCUGCAAUUUAACAGCUGAGAGAGAGAGUUAUCAACACAAGAAGGCAUGGAUGUCUGCAACCAAAUCUGGAGCCUCUAUCACCAUCUCACCCUUGUAAAGCAACUAUAAUUCUACUACUUUUACAGAGGCAAAACUCCAUGAAAUCAGUGGCGUUGUCACCGUCAUCACUCAUCUUUUUACUGCCAUCUGCUGCUUCUAUCAAUGGCGUUGCUUCUGGAUGUUUCUGCUUCUGCUAUUCGUCUUCUUCUUCUUCUUCGACUGCGAUUUCAAGCUCCUUUAACAAAUACAACUUCUUUAUAAUUAUGGGGCGGAGCAAGAAGUUUCCUUCUUCUUCCCCAUCAUCUCCUAAGGGAUCCGAACCAACUCCUCCGAGAAUCACAUCAAAUGUCAAGCAGAAUUUGCAGUUUUUAAAAUUAUGGAAGGAAUUCCAAAAGAGAAAAUCUAGCACACCUAAGCCUGCCACUAGUUACCGAAAGAAAAAGGUGGACAAAGAAGAUCUGCCGGAAGACACCGAGUACUAUCGUGAUCCAACCACAACCCUCUACUAUACAAACCAGGGUUUGGAAACUGCUGUCCCUGUCUUGCUGGUUGAUGGGUAUAAUGUUUGUGGCUAUUGGGCAAAGCUGAAGAAAUAUUUUAUGAAUGGAAGACUUGAUAUGGCUCGGCAAAAACUGAUUGAUGAGCUUGUAGCAUUCAGCUUGUUGAGAGAAGUGAAAGUGGUGGUUGUAUUUGAUGCUAUGCUGUCGGGACUCCCAACACAUAAGGAAACGUUUGAAAGUGUUGAUAUAAUUUUCUCAAGUGAAACGUGUGCUGAUGCAUGGAUUGAGAAAGAGGUUGUAGCCUUGAGGGAGGAUGGGUGUCCUAGAGUUUGGGUUGCAACAUCUGAUCAUGAUCAGCAACACGCAGCACAUGGAGCAGGAGCCUUUGUUUGGAGCUGCAAGGCGCUGGUUUCUGAGAUUAAAGCAUCAAAGAAGGAGGUUGAGAUGAUGCUCCAAGAACAUAGAUCCAGUUCUUUCCAAGGUAAAUUGUUGAAGCAUAAUCUUGAUUCAGAUGUAGUAGAUGCUCUCAAAGAUUUAAGGAGCAAGUUGUCUGGACCGAGUUGAAGUUGACCCAGAUGGAGUUUUCUGCUUUACACCUUGCACAUUAGUUACAUACACAAAGGUAUCAGCUGCUACUUGACUACAUCACAGAAAAUUAGAGACUCCAUGGUAGUAUGAUAAAAGAGGAAAAGAUGGAUGUUAAUAGAGAAAUUAAUUUUCCCUCGUAUUGCAUCUUUAACAAUUUUUUUAGUUUUCUUUGUUCGGAGAAUGCUAACAUCAGACAGUAGUCUGAUGCAUUCUUUAGCACAUCCAAUGAAUGUUUAGGAUGUUGAACAUGUCCUACAGUAAUAUAUGUGUUCAUGUUUAAAUUUUAUGUUUUCUAUUCAUUUGAUCUGUAAUAGGAUUGGACACUAGUAUUAUUAGGACAUAUUAUUAAGAUAACAUGUUAUAGUGGAAGCUAGUCUCCGUUUAUGCUAAAAA